AUGAGUUGUGCGCUCUCGUUCUUCUGCAACAAAUUGAAAAUUUCUCAAAUAAGGUUUCAAAGUGAAGUUUUAGAAAUUUCAUUUCCAGAUGAUUAUCAUCCGACUGUUGCAGUUCUCCACCAACCAUGUCUAUCCGGGGAUAGGUACUGCUUGCUUCAGGUUUUAAAUCUUGAAUGGUCAUCGGGGGCAGAAACUCUGAGAUGUAUUGGGCGUGUUGAUCUCGCCUUAGCUGGCUCUUUUGCGGAUAUGAUUUUGUUACCAAGUGUUGGAGCAGGGGGUAAUCUUAGUGCUGAUCUUCUUUUAUUGACCUGUCCUGGGCAACUGCAUUUUUUCGAUGACUCCUACCUUUCUAACUUGAUGUCUCAACAUGAGAGAAAACCAUCUGUUUCUGGUUUAGAGUUUCCUACAGUAAUACCAGCAAGAAAUCCAUUGCUGACUUCGGCAAGGCUUUAUAAGUUACCAGAAUGCUCGUCAAAGGACCUCUCAAAGAUAAGUACAGUGGCCAAACCAGUAAUUUCCGUACAUGGUAAAUCAGAUUGGCCCUUGACUGGAGGUGUGCCCUGUCAAUUAUCAAAUACUGAAGAGAGUGUAGUUGGCAAAGUCUAUAUAGCUGGAUAUCAAGACAGAUCUGUGAGGAUGUGGGAUGCGACCCACCCUGUCUUGUCUUUUAUUUUUACAUUGGAAGGACAGGUGCAAGGUAUUCAAGUCGCUGGUUUAACUGCAUCAGUUUCAUCUUUAGACUUGUGUGUUUUCACACUGAAUUUGGCUGUUGGCAACGAAAGUGGCUUCGUGCUCAUAUAUAAUCUCAAGAGCAGGACAACUGACAAAAACUUUCACUUCAUAACAGACUCUAGACACAAAGUGCACCCUUUGCUUUUAGAAGAGGCAUGCCAAUGCAAAGCUAUUUUUUCUCUUUUCAACUCUCCUGUUCAAGUAUUACAGUUUGUGAAUCAUGCAAGCAAACUCACUGUCGGAUUUCAGUCUGGCCAAGUUGCAGUGCUUGACAUGGGUCCACUAUCAGUUUUGUUUUGCUCAGACUGUUCAUGUGGUUCUCUGUCACCUGUUAUUUCCAUUUAUUGGAGAUCAUGCGGUAACAUUGAUAGUACACUGAAAAGCCAAAAGAUUGCGGAAGUGAAUAUGUCGGCCAAUCCUAGAGAUGAGAGUGCAUUUGUAUUGACCAAGGAUGCAAAGAUUCUUAUUAUAGAUGGUGGUAUGGGAAACCGAAUCAGUUCUUGUCCCCUGCUCUUGAAAAAGAAAUCUACUCCAAUUGCCAUGUAUGCUAUAGGCAAGUGA